UGACCCCGCCCUUAUUUCUCAUGCAGCCCAGACAGGUCAUACUCGUGCUAAUGGUGUGAUUUCUUCCCCUGAGCUUUACAGGAUCUUCUGGCAAGAGGAACUGGCCUUCUUUCACGUUGUAUGGUUGUCACACCUCACCAAAGAAACUGGAGCCUCCCCGUGCUCUCCAGAUAAAUGACCCACACACUGUCAGAGCCUGUCAGAGCUCUUGGAAGCUGCUGGAGCUGCAGUUCAGUCCCCUGGACUUUUGAUACGGAUCCUUCCUUGUCAGGUGCAACAGAUAGCUGGAAAGUCCCCUGAAUCUGGACCUUUUUCUCUAGCUAUGCUUCAGGACUCGACCACACCAGGCUGGCUCAGUGGCUUGUCCUGUGAGGGACUAGCUGCUUCUUUUGAGGAGUUGGUGGGAUCCUGGCAGAGCUGCGCUGGCAUGGGGCCCUUCCCUGCUCACAGGUGGAAGCAGCUGCUGACAGAGGGAGGGUCUCUGGGAAGAGGAGACGCUGGCAUCAGGUGGUUGUGGGGUAUUUCAGGUCAAAAUCGGGCGCAGCCUUGGAAGUGCUAAGGAGAUAAUCUUAUUGGAUGGAUUCCUGGGUGAAGAAAAAUUCUACCUGGUCUCCUCUCCUUAAGGCUGCUUGAGGUUUUGUCCCAGGAGGGUGACUCAGAUCUUCUGACAAGAGAUUUGCGUCAGGCCAGGCUUUCCAUUACCCUGUCUAGAAUGAGGGCCUUAGGAACAAGUGUUCUGGGAAGGUCUUGGAAAUGUCUCCUGAGGCCCAUCUUACUAUCUCUGUCUUCACAGGUGCUGAGACAACCCCACCAUGACAGACAUUCAAAAAAAUCCUGAUCAUGGACAACCCCGUCGACAGGUGAUGGUUAACCCUCAGAAUGGGACUAUCUUAGAUUUGAAUCACCAGGUGUGGGUUCUUCAGAGUCAGACCCUUGUGGCAGUUCCACGGAGUGACAGUGUGGUUCCAGUCACUGUCACUCUUAUCCCGUGCAAGUAUCCAGAGUCUUUUGAGCAAGACAAAGGGACUCCAAUUUAUAUGGGAAUAAAGAAUCCAGAGAUGUGUCUGUCUUGUGAGGAUGUUGGAGGGCAGCCCACAUUGAAACUGAAGGUGGAGAAGAUACUGGAUUUGUACGACCAAGCUGCACCUGUGAAGCCCUUCCUCUUCUACCAUGACAAGAAAGGCAGGACCUCCACCUUCGAGUCUGUGGCCUUCCCUGGCUGGUUCAUCGCCUCCUCAGAAAUAGGCCAACCCAUCUUCCUCACUUCAGAACUAGGGAAAGCAUACAACACUGAGUUUGAUUUAUCUAUAAAGGCUUGAACUCAGCCUGGAGGUGGCAGCUUCGCCAGAGAUCUUUAUCUUCAAUCUUCUAAUUGCCAGUGUGUUUUCAUCUUUAUUAUUUCAGGGUUGAUUUCACACCCAUACCAAGAGGUGAACAGGGCUGCCAUUAUCAUCUCCUUUUGUAGGUGAAGAAGAAAUAAUGACUUCAUGGUAACUGAGGAAUAGAAUGUGGGCUCAGAACCAGGAGGGAUGGAACGAUAUUUGGUUCUCCUCUCCAGCUGAAGUUGUCUGGAUCAUAGUCAUCUAUACUAGUGACUUUAGGACCAAAAGACCACGGGGCCUUCUCCUGAGGUGUAUAUGAAGAAACUUCAAAGCUCAAAAGAAUCUUACCCAAGAUUGUGUAACUAGCAGACUAGCAUGAAGGUGAUCUUUGUUUUUGUUUUGUUUUCUUUCCUUUUUAGAUUAUAUCUUCUGUAGUCUUUAUACUUUAUAUAGUUGCCAGUGUUUCUCAAUGUGUGUUAUAUAUCAAGACCUUUUAAAGGAAAAUAAUUCUUGUGUUAAAUUAAAUUAUUUUUGUCCCAAUUUUAAUGUAUACACAAAGCCAAAUAUUCAUAUGUUUAUAUAAAAACAAAGACAAAACCGAUGUAAAAUGAAAUAAAAUAAAACAAAACAUAAACUAAAAUUAGCAGCAGUAAUUGAAUGAGGCCAUCACAGUGGUUAAGCCUGGGACUGGGGCUUUGCUAGAGAGUAAAGGGAUUUGUCAGUGGUGAUAGGAUGGAGGCAGGGAAUUAAGCACCUGAAAUGACACUGCUGUUCGACAACUCUCUUUAUGGUCUCGCAGCCUUGUUUUCUCCCGCUGCCUCUAGUCUUUUCAUUUUAGGCAUGCCUGCCAUCCACAUAUUCCUUUUAGAAACCACUGUAAAUUGCCUUUUAGGGAACAGAGAGCCUUGCUUUCCUACCAGUUAUGCUUCAGAUGAUGUAUUCUGAUGAAAUUUUGAAAGUGAUUUUGGGUGUAAUUGUAGAGAGAGGUAGCUCGGAUCUGAUUCUGUAUACAAUAAGUUUUUCUACAGUUGACUUCAAAACUACUAAUGUAGAAAAUGCUUGUUUGCUUAAAUACAUUCUACAAAAUAGCCAGAAAACCAAAAACCAAACCUGGUGCCAUCAAGUCGAUUCCAACUCACAGUGACCCUAAAGGACAGAGUAGAACUGCCCCAGAGGGCUUCCAAAGAGUGCCUGGUGGAUUCAAAUUGCCGACCUCCUGCUUAGCAGCCCUAGCUCUUAACUACUACGCCACCAGGGUUUCCUAAUAGGCUCCACUGCAACAGGUUCUACAAAAUAGCCCUCAUUAUUAAAAAAAAAAGUUUUCUUUUUUUUUCUACUUUAGGAAAAUCAGACUGCAUACUGUUAGGAAUACCAGUAAGCAGUCUGCAAGCAUCAAUUUAAUGCAGCGUCUCUUGAUUCUUUAACGUUUUCUUCUGCAGCUGAAUGUACUUCUAGCACUACAGUUUUAUUAAGAUCAACAUUAAAAUGGGCAUCUAAGCUAAUUAGUUCUGGAAUAUCAAAUAGAAGAAUUAGUCAUUGAAUAUUUACUGUUAUACUCACUGCUAAUAAAUGGCAGUAGGCAGUUACAUAGACAGUUGGGAUCUGAUGACACAUUUAUUAUGACAGGAUUGUGGCCCUGAGUGCUGUAGAGCGUCCGCCUCCCACCACUGGCUGUGAUUAUUCAGUUCUCCCUCCUCCUUGCCUGCUUUGAAAACCUUUUUCAUGCAGGACACUAGGACACCUUGGACUGUGACUUGGCACAGAUGUGAGUUCAAACAGAAUCUCAAAUACGAGCUCAUGUGGCUGGCCUUGGGGAUAAGGUGGUCGCUCUGAUGAUCCAGGGUAGGCUCUUAUUACAUGGUUAGAGUAUAAUCAAAAUGAAAACACCAAGUUACAAUAAUCUCAUAGGCAGCUUGUGGAACCGAGACACAGACUUCCACGGACCCUGGUUUACACAUCACAUUUGACAGAUAGUGCACUAUGCCCUGGCUUGUGAAACCACAGAAGGCCUCUGUGGGUGGUGUUACCCUUGUUUUCAGUUGGUUGUCCUGGUCCACAAGGAGGCCUGGUGGUGCAGUGGUUUAAAAGCUCAGCUACUAACCAAAAGUUUGGCUGUUCAAAUCCACCAGCUGCCCUGCGGAAGAAAGAUGUGGCAGUCUGCUUCCAUAAAGAUUUACAGCCUUGAGAACCCUGUGGGGCAGUUCAUACUCUGUCCUAUAAGGUCACUGUGAGUUGGAAUCAACUCGAAGGCAACAGGUUUGUUUGCUUUUUGGCCUGGUCCACACCUAGUUUCUACACUUUUGCUGUACCAAAUGCUGUUGAGUUUGACUAGCAUGAUCUCCAGGCCAUUGGAGAAUUUGGUUCCUUUUGAUCUUUAGCACCUGGGUGCUGUAGAGGCCAGAUGCACCAGCAGUGGGGCUUUUUGGAUUCUGGAGGGAAGAAUAGUCCUAGAACCCCACCUCCCCCAGCUACCACCAAUUGAGGAUUAAGAUGCUGAGAGGGAUGUUGCUCUGUGGACCUGCUCUGGAGCUGAUCUCUUCUGGCACUGGGACUACUGAAGGACAGCAACAGCUUCCUGAAGUGUGGACCUGAAGAUGCUGCCCUGUGUCUCACGGACAAAUGGAUGUUUGCCCCCAGGGCCCGUUAACAACAGUUACAAUUAGUAAUUCUUCAUAUCAAUGAAACGUUACUUUUUAUUUCUUAGACUUGUUGAAUUUUUUUUUUAAUUCCUAUCAAAGUAAUAUAUACUUAUGGUAAAAACAAAAUUCUCUUGCCCCAGUCCUAUUUCUACAAGUCAAUCACUUCUAACUUCUUUUUAGCUAUUAUUUCUGCUUUUUCUCUGCAUAUGUCUAGGUAUAUGUUUUACUUCUAUUUCCUGAAUUACAAUUUUAUGUAGUAUCUUUUCUACCAGACAGAUGUCAUUUGCAUCUCUACUGGACAACAAUUAUAGGCUCUUCAUUCGUUUUCUACAAGUCAAUGAUAAAUACACCAGACCAAACCAAUUGCCAUUGUGCCAAUUCCAACUCAUGGUGACCCCAUAUGUUGCAGAGCAGAACUGUUCCAGAUGGUUUUUCAAGGCUGUGACCUUUAGAAGGCAGAUUGCCAGGCUUUUUUACCUAGGUGCGUCUGGGUGGGUUUGAAUUGUCAACCUUUCAAUUAGCAGCUGAGAACUUAACCAUUUGUGCCAAGCAGAGACUCCUAAUAACAGUCAAUAGCAAAUAGUAAGUCAAACAAAAUUGUAUUUCCAUAGAGAAUGUGGGUCUGUUAGACAAUGCUGUCAUUGAAAAGGUAUACAAUCAUGUUUUUGCCUUUUUUAGUAUUUGGGUAAUUUUUCCUAAUGACGUGAUCUCCUUCAGCUUUUUCAUUUUAUUGGUGAGGAAAGGGAGGUACCUGAAGUGGAUGUGACUUGCUGAAGGUGACACCAACAUUUUGUAAUAGGACUAGAAAUAAUGGCACUCUUGCUUUUUGGUCUUUCAGUUCUGACUCCUGGAGUUGGGAUGUGAUGAAACAUGGUGUAAGAGAUCAGCAACGAUUACCCAGAGCAAGAUGACAGAGCAAAAGAUGAGCUACCUCACUCCUAAAAUUAGGGCUGUCCUUAUCUGGCAGGGUGACUUACCCAAGGUGGGGCACCCCAAGCCACCCAAGCAUUGUUCUGUAACGAUGCAAGUGCUGAAAUGUAUUGUUACCCAUAUUUCCCAAACUGGAAGCAACAUCAGAAUGACCUGGGGUGUGUGCUAAAAAUGCAGGUGAUUGAGCCCACCCUGAUCUAACAAAUUAAAACCCACCCCCUUGAAAUUCUAAAUUAUCAGCUUUAAUGUUGGGAUUGAAUCAAUUUUUUACCAAGGACUUUAGGGAAUGCUGAUGAUUACUUAAGCUUGGGAAAUACUCUUCUGGACCAUCCCAAUGGAGUUUCGUGUGUGAAAAGACUCAGACUAAUCAUGCUUGAGAUGACCUGUGUGUUUCUACAGAAAUAGGUACAUAACAUACUGUUUACUGAUUUUGUUGAUGUUUCCUUCUCUAGGAUUGUUCUCUCUUGAGUGAUUUAGCAGUGAAUUGAACAAAAUGCCUUAUAUAAAAGUGUUUAAACCCUCAAGUAUAAUUUCACAAUAGCCCAAAGCUGGAAAGAACCCAGAUUUUCUUUGACAAGAGAACGGAUAAACAAAUUGUGUUAUAUUCAUAAAAAUAAUAAUAUCAUCAAUAAAAGGACAUGAAUUACUAAUAGAGAUUCAACUAGAUGAAUGUCAAAAAUAUUAUCAGAGGAAGUCAAACAGAAAAGGAGUACAUAUUGUAUGCGUUCAUUGAUUGACAUUCAAGUAAUCUGUGGCGGUAGAAACUAGGACAGAGGUUUAUUUGGCAGCAAUGAGGACAAACAGAAGAUCCUAAAAGCUGUGGAGAACUAAAACUGUCACACUCAACGGAUCAAAAAACCACAAUGACUUUGCACUUCUCUGUAGCAAUACAGGAGUUAGAAAUCAAUGAAGAAGUGGUUUCCAAAUUCUGAAGGAAAGUGGUUUCCAACCUAGAAUUCCACAGCCAAUCAGUUAAGUGAAGAACAGAAUAAAUGCAUUUUCGUAAAAGCAAGACUGAUGAUUUCUUAUGUACUUUUACUUAAGAAGCUACUAAAAGGUGUGCUUUGCCAAAACAAGGGCUUACUCUAAGAAAGAUGAAAACGUGGACUCUCGGAAACAGGGGACAUUACCCCAAAGGGAGGCAAAGUGAGCCUGCAAGAUGGUGGCAAAUGCAGAUUCCAAGAGGUCAGGCAGAGCGAAGCUGUUCAGGAAGUUAUUCAGUUUACUAUAUGCCCUAGCUGUCAAUAGUGCUUGCAUAGUUAUAAUAAUAUAAACUCUGUAUAGUGAUCUAUCUGAAAUUAUGAUGUAAAUAUUUUGUGAGGAUUUGUGGAUGGAUGGAUGUGUGCGUGUGUUGGGGGGUGUACAUGUGCGCAUGCACACACAUGCAGUAGGGGCCAGGUGGGUGUGAAUGAAAGAUCCAAAACUUGUCUUUCGUAGAAGGAUGUCCAUUCAUAAUUCUAAAAGUGAAAAAAUCAAGAUGUAGCAACAUAUUCAUGGUAUUUAGAGAUAUGAAGGCAAAUAUCAAAAAUAAGCAGUUAAAAGAGUUAAAAGUGGUUGUCUUCAAGUAGCAGGAAAUAAUGACUAUUCUGUUUCACAGCAAGCUUUGUAUUCCUCAUUGGAUUUUAAAAUUACGUGGAAGUAAUUUUGAUGAAACUUCAAAAAAAGUGUAUGGUUCCAUAUUGGUUAGUCUGUGACUUUAAGUGGCAAGAUGGCAUUUAGCUGAGUACACGGGCUUCCAGGAAGAAAGAUUCCAUGUAUAGCUGUUUUCCUUUCUACACUGAAAGCCUCCUCUUCCAUUUGAGUUGGAAACCAAAUCCGGUUCCCAGGCUUCAAGGGAGUGGAUACAUUCCAUCCACAGGGGGCAAACAGAAGAGGCCAGGUCUUGCGAGCGUUACAAUGGCGAUCCUUCUGCCUCCAUACCAUGGUAUGAACCAGCUUAUUACAGAAGUGGGCCACUAGGAGCUGGUGAGGUCUGGGCCAACAUGGGCCACAACUAGGUGAAAUAUUUUCUCUUGGAAAUGGAAAGAUCAGAACCAAGAGGAUUGGGGAGUAUUUUAUAUAGAAAGCUCAGGCUCUGUUCAUGGUUUCUGCAGAGAUGGUGUUUUCAAAUACACCAACAGUUGUCUAAUGUUUAACAUUUGAAUUUAAAAUAAUUUUUCUUUAUCAGUAGUACCUUUUCCAUUUAUUUAGCCGGUGGGUUGGAGGCCAUAAAUUGAGGAAACAGCCCUUCGUUUUCUGCUUGGGAAGGAUGUGCCAUCACUCUGAGUACAGGACUUCACCUUGAGGUUGCCUCGGGUUCGGACCCAAGGCUGUGGAGAGGGAGUGUUUUCAUUCUUUACACAUCCAUGUCUAUGGAUUUUAAUAUCUGGGUAUUUACACUUAAUACAUUCCUAAAGGAUUUUUUUUUCUCUCUGUAAAAUUUGGAUAAAAGAUUUUCUGGCUUUUAGAU